AUGCACCGCCACCAACCCCACCCAGCCACCCCCAUCACCGACGCCGACGCUGCUUUCCUUAUAAAGCGUGGCAAGAAGCGGGGAAAUUACUCUUGUGGAAAAUGUGGGUUGUCUAAAAAGGGGCACACUUGUCGGUUUACUGAAAAUGAUAAAGACUUCAGUCCCGCUUCCACACCCGCCGCCGCCGCCUCCUCCAUCACCGUUACCUACUCGGCGUCUGUGGAGGAGUCAGUGGCUUUGAUGUCACCUCAAUCGGUAGUUCGUCCUCCUCCUACGAGGCUCCGGCGAGCUCUAUCGUUUGAGGAUAUUAGUGUUGAUGACUCGGUGGUGGAGGAUGUCAGGGACGAAAUUGAACCGGGAAUGGAUAUGUCUGUUGAUGUUUCAGGGUCGGGGAAGUUGCCCGGGAGUUGUUUGUGGGAGGUGCUAAGGAGGCUACCGCCGGCGGGAUUGUUGUCGGCGGCGAGGGUUUGUAAAGGGUGGAGAGAUAUUACUAGGAGGUUUUGGCGGGCAGCAGAGGAGAUCCGGCUUAGGGUUCCAUCCAGUGCUCAGAUUGGGUUUUUUGGAUCCAUGUUGCAAAAGUGUCCUGGACUUCUAAGACUGUCUCUUAGGAUGGAGAGUGAUGUGGAUGCAACGAUGCUGGCCUGCAUUGCAUUUUCCUGCCCUAAUCUGCAGUCAUUGGAGAUUUUUAUGUCUGGUACCUCGGCCAAUCGAAUCACUGGGGAUGAGUUAAGCCGUUUUAUUGCUGAGAAAAGAUGCCUAACCAGUCUCAAAAUGGAGGGCUGCUGUAACCUUGGUGGUUUUAGUUUUUCUUCCUCCAGUUUGUCUACUGUUUGGCUUUCAGAUCUUCACUCCCUCUCUAAGGCGGUUUUCAACUGCCCGAAUUUGAAGGAGAUUUCCUUGAGUUUUUCUCGGCAAGAAAAUGAUAAAACUGACCUUACCACAAUUGUUGAUGGCUUGGGAAGAAGCUGCCCAAAGCUACAGAACAUCCACAUUGCUUCAGUUCGGCUUUCACAUUCUGUGGUGCUUGCUCUUACAGCUGCAAAUUUGAGGGGAUUGCGAAUGCUUUCUCUUGUACUAGGAUCAGAGAUGUCUGAUGCAUCAGUUGCAGCUAUUGCUUCAAGCUACUCAAACCUGGAGUUGCUUGAUUUGAGUGGAUCUAGCAUCAGUGACAGUGGCAUUGGAAUGAUCUGCAAUGUAUUUGCCCGAACACUAUCAAAACUACUUCUUGCUCUCUGUCCCAACAUCACUUCGAGUGGCAUUCAAUUUGCCGCUGCUCAACUGCCUCAUCUGGAACUAAUGGAUUGUGGAAUGACCAUAUGGGAUCACAAUUCAGAAAUCCUCACCAAUGAGGAAAAUGAUGAGGAGUUACAUAAAACACCCAACAGCAAGUUGCAUAUUGUACACCAGAAGUUAAUUAUCAAACACAGCAGGUUGACGAAGCUCAGCUUAUGGGGUUGUUCUGGCUUAGAUGCAUUGUAUUUGAAUUGCCCUGAACUUGAUGAUUUGAACCUCAACUCUUGUGGAAAUUUACAUCCAGAGAGAUUACUCCUCGAUUGCCCCAAUUUGGAAAGUGUGCACGCAUUAAGCUGCCAAGAAAAGUUGGUCAAAACCAUUCAGAAUCAGGUCUCCAACAAUUUUGGAGCCCUUGAAAAUCAUUUUCCUUCCAAAAGUGGCUCCAAAAGAGUCCGGGUCCCACAUUUAUUCAGCCCUCAGGCGCAGGUAUGUGAUGAUGAGAUGAAAUGGAAGGCUAGGAAGCGUCAAUGUGCUGUGAUUGUGGAGGCUGAUGCCCGUGAAUACAACACAAUUUGUUCUUACUGA